UGCGCUCGGCGACUGAAGAACUUCAAAGACAACGCGCUAGUGGGUGAUCCAAAAAUAUACAUAUAUAUUUAUAUACAUACCCCGCGUUGGAUACCGGAAAAUCAGAGGAGGGAAAUGUUUUCAUUUAUACCAAAUCGAAACUUCAAAAAGUGAAAGCAAUGCAUUUCCCAUGGCUUGUGGUGAUUUUUGUUUGCCUUAACCAAGUGCAGGCACAGUUUUAUGGGGGCAGUACUUACGACUCGUCCGCUGGUCAAUCCAUUCGCCUGGGUCUUAUCACAGACGACGCCACCGACCGAAUCCGUCAGACCUUUGAGCACGCUAUAUCGGUGGUAAAUAGUGAGCUCGGAGUUCCUCUGGCCGGGGAAACGGAACUGGUGGCCUAUGGCAACUCCGUUCAGGCCUUUGCCCAACUUUGCCGGCUGAUGCAGAGCGGAGUGGGUGCCGUCUUUGGGCCGGCUGCCAAGCACACAGCCUCCCACCUGCUGAAUGCCUGCGACUCGAAGGACAUCCCCUUCGUAUACCCGCAUUUGUCGUGGGGCUCCCAUCCGGAUGGCUUCAAUCUGCAUCCCAGCCCGGAAGAUAUAGCCCACGCCCUCUACGACAUUGUCAACCAGUUCCAGUGGUCCCGCUUUAUAUUCUGCUAUGAAUCCGCUGAGUACCUGAAUAUUUUGGACCACCUAAUGACCCUGUAUGGCGUCAAGGGUCCCGUCAUUAAGGUGAUGCGCUACGAUCUCAAUCUGAAUGGUAACUACAAAUCGGUGCUGCGGCGCAUCAGGAAAUCGGAGGACAGUCGCAUUGUGGUCGUGGGCUCCACAGAGGGCGUGGCCGAGCUGCUGCGUCAGGCCCAACAGGUGGGCAUAAUGAACGAGGACUACACCUAUGUGAUUGGUAACUUGGACCUGCACACCUUCGAGCUGGAGGAGUACAAAUACAGCGAGGUAAACAUCACAGGCAUAAGGAUGUUCUCACCCGAUCAGGAGGCAGUAAGGGAUCUGGUUGAAAAGUUGCACCAGGAACUGGGGGAAAGUGAACCGGAAAAUACUGGUUCCACAUCCAUCACCAUGUCCAUGGCUCUCACCUAUGAUGCAGUGCGUGUAAUAGCAGAGACAACAAAGCAUCUUCCCUAUCAACCCCAAAUGCUCAACUGUUCCGAGCGCCAUGACAAUGUUCAACCUGAUGGUUCCACUUUCAGGAACUACAUGAGAUCGUUGGAGAUCAAAGAGAAAACCAUCACAGGUCGCAUCUUUUUCGAGGGAAAUGUGCGCAAGGGUUUCGCCUUCGAUGUCAUCGAACUGCAGACCAGUGGAUUGGUCAAGAUCGGCACUUGGGAAGAGGGCAAGGACUUUGAGUUCGAGCGGCCACCCCAAGUGGUUAACUUUAAUGACAUCGAUGACAGUUCUCUGGUCAACAAAACCUUCAAGGUUCUAAUAUCUGUGGCGACCCAACCGUAUGCUAGUCUCGUGGAGAGUAUUGACACACUCGUUGGCAACAAUCAGUACCAGGGCUAUGGAGUGGAUCUGAUCAAAGAGUUGGCCGACAAGCUUGGCUUUAACUUCACCUUCCAAGAUGGUGGCAAUGACUAUGGAUCUUUUAAUAAGACAACCAAUUCCACGACAGGAAUGCUCAAGGAAAUAGUAGAAGGGCGAGCUGAUCUGGCGAUCACUGAUCUCACCAUCACUUCGGAGCGAGAAGAAGUCAUUGAUUUUUCCAUACCCUUUAUGAAUCUGGGCAUACAAAUUCUAUAUGUAAAGCCUCAGAAGGCUCCACCCGCCCUCUUCUCCUUCAUGGACCCCUUUUCAUCGGAGGUGUGGCUCUACUUGGGUAUAGCCUAUGUGGGUGUCUCGCUCUGCUUCUUUAUUAUAGGUCGACUAUCGCCCAUUGAGUGGGAUAACCCCUUUCCCUGUAUUGAGGAGCCAGAAGAGCUGGAAAACCAGUUCACCAUCAAUAAUUCCCUAUGGUUUACUACAGGAGCUUUGUUGCAGCAAGGCUCGGAAAUUGCGCCGAAAGCUCUCAGCACGCGUACAAUUUCCGCUAUUUGGUGGUUUUUCACCUUAAUCAUGGUAUCAUCAUAUACUGCCAACUUGGCUGCCUUCUUGACCAUCGAGAAUCCCACCAGUCCCAUUAACAGCGUUAAAGACUUGGCUGAGAAUAAGGAAGAUGUUCAGUAUGGAGCCAAGCGUACGGGUUCCACACGCAACUUCUUUUCGACAUCGGAGGAUCCGCUCUAUAUGAAAAUGAACGAAUACCUGAACGCUCAUCCGGAAAUGCUGAUGGAGAACAAUCAGGAUGGAGUGGACAGGGUGAAGGCAAGCACCAAGUACGCUUUUCUCAUGGAAUCCACUUCCAUUGAAUUUAAUACGGUUAGGGAAUGCAAUCUCACCAAAGUGGGAGAUCCGCUGGAUGAGAAGGGUUACGGCAUAGCUAUGGUGAAAAAUUGGCCCUAUCGCGAUAAGUUCAACAACGCCCUGUUGGAGCUGCAGGAGCAGGGGGUCCUGGCCAGGUUGAAGAACAAGUGGUGGAACGAAGUGGGAGCCGGUGUUUGCAGUGCGAAAAGCGAUAGUGAUGGCCCUUCUGCGUUGGAAGUGGAAAACCUGAGUGGCAUUUACGCUGUCCUGGCCAUCGGAUCCAUUAUCUCGAUGAUUGUCGCCAUUCUUUGUUGGUGCUUUUUUGUUUUCAAGAAGUCUAAACACUAUGCGGUCCCCUUUUGCGAUGCCCUGGCUGAGGAAUUCAAAAUUGUUAUCCACUUCUCGGAAAACGAAAGAGUUCUGAAAAGCGCCCAGUCGAUUUACUCCCGCAGUCGAAAUUCAUCUCAGUCGAUAGAGUCCCUAAAAACAGAUUCUGAGGAGAAUAUGCCGGAUGAGGAUUAG